AUGUCGAGUAAGUGCAAGAAGAAACUGCUCGAUCAAGUUCUAUGCAAUUCUCUAUGCUCAGUCAAGCUCUCUCUACUUCUCGAAAGAGUAGCUGUGGAAAGCCAUUUCCAACUUUCGGGAGAAGAGAUAGCCAUAGCUGGAAAAAUGCUAGUAAAGCUACACCAGCAAUCGACAAUUACUCCAGCUAUUCCUCAGUCAUUGAAACAUCCCAACAUCAAACCCGAUUCAAUCGACUUGUUUCGAUGUUUUGGACGUUUGGGCCAAAGUGAUCCAGACGAGGAGUCUAAAAACCCAUUAAUAGUUCCACAAAAUUCCUGA